AGAGGGAGAGGGAGGAGAGAGGGAGAGAAGAGGGGAGGGAGGAGAGAGGAGGGAGAAGGGAGAAGGAGCGCAUCGCAUCGCAGGCGGAGCGCGUCUACAGUGGGACAGCCCCAGUGUUGGAGCCGCAGCGCCCGGACCCAGACCCAGAGCCGGGCUGAUCGGCGUCUGCAGCCGGCGGAGAGACUCGGCCUCCCGGGGGGUAGGGGGGUAGAGACACUCGGGGGCGGCUGCUCUCUGUCUCUCUGUGUGAGAGCGUUGUACCGGGUCGUGGAGACAGACAGAGAGAGAGCGAGUGCGAGUGUGAGUGAGCGCCGGGCUCGCUGGAUCCACGCUCCGCAUCAACAUGAGGAUCAACCCGGGAUUGUGUCCCCGCAGCGCGGCGCGAUUCCUGCUGCUCGCCGCUAUCCUACCAGUUUUCCAGGCGCAGACCGUGACAGUGGACGAGAGUUUGUCGGCGUUUAUCGGCACCAGCGUGGUCUUGCGAUGCACCUUCGUCAACAACGAUCCCUCCAUCAAAAUCACGCAGGUGACAUGGCAGAAGGCGACCAACGGAUCGAAGCAGAACAUCGCCAUCUACCACCCCACGAUGGGCGAGUCGGUCCUGCCUCCGUACAAGCACCGAGUCUCCUUCAGAAACCCCUCUCUCAGCGAUGCCACCAUUGAGAUGUCCAGGCUGGAGCUCAUGGACGAGGGAGUGUACAUCUGUGAGUUUGCCACCUUCCCAACCGGAAACCGAGAGAGCCAAGUCAACCUCACUGUCUUCGCCAGGCCAGUUAUUGACGCUGAGCUGAGCCCGCAUACCAUCACAGCGAGGGCAGACCACCCAAGGAAGAUGGUGGUAGCAACAUGUACCUCUGCCAAUGGGAAGCCACCAGGCAUCAUCUCCUGGGAGACCAAGGUCAAAGGGGAGAAUGUGGUCAAAGAAUCUCGGAACCAGAAUGGCACCAUCACGGUGACCAGCGAAUACUGGCUGGUGCCCUCGCGAGAAGCCCACAAACAGCCCCUGACCUGUGUGGUCAACUACCAGAUGGAUCGCACCACUAGAGCGCUGGUUCUAAACGUGCAGUAUGAACCGGAGGUUACGGUGGAAGGAUUUGAUGGGAAUUGGUACCUGAACAGGGAGAAUGUGAAGCUGACGUGUAAAGCAGAUGGGAAUCCACCGGCCAGUCACUAUCACUGGAAGAUGUUAAACGGGUCGCUGCCUGUAAACGUGGAACCACAGAACACCACCCUGCUCUUCAAAGGCACCGUGACCUACGACUUGGCCGGGACGUACGUGUGCGAGGCGACAAAUGCAAUCGGCACUCGGUCGGGGCUGGUUGAGGUCAAUGUCACAGACUCCCCUCAACCCCUACCAUCCAACAAAGUGGACAGAGCCAUAGAGACCGAGGGUCGGGAUGGCAGCAAGAGCGGAGUCAACAUGACGAUGAUUGGAGCCAUUGUGGGCGCUGGCGCGCUCCUCCUGUUGGUCGCCGUCAUCAUAGCGGUGGUGGUGGUGCGCAAGCGGCAGCGGACCUUCAAGGGGGACUACAACACCAAGAAGCACGUCUUUGGCAACGGUUACGGCAAGGCAGGCGCGCGGCCACCCGGCCCCCAGCAGCUCCCCUACCCCGAGUCUGACGAGGACCACAAGCUCUCCUCCAUGAACGUAAGUUACGAGAACGAGAGGAAAGUUGUGCGAGACGGCGCCGACUUCGAAACGGACUCCAAGCGCCCGUACUUCACGGUGGACGAGAGCGACACGCAGGAGGAACUGGACGAGCAGACCCUGAGCUUCCAGUAUCCGCCCGAUCUGACAGAGGACAUGGUCUCGCAGAAUGACGGCUCCAUCAUUUCAAAGAAAGAGUGGUAUGUCUAGAGUGGUCGAGCUGUGGUACGGGGCAUAAUUCAGAGUGUCCAAACUCUAGCCUGGGUGGUCCGCUGUAAAGAACUCUGCAACAGCUAAGGUCUUAACGAUUACAUUACUGUUUUUUUUUACAUUUCAUUCAACAACAACAACAACAACAAAAAAAAGUUCUAAAGACAAUGAUUUCAUAAACGUGACUUGUAUGUGCAUCACUAACGGGGAGAGGCCCACUCUUUGCCAGCUGGACUUGCUAAGAAAGCUGCUGCUUCACCACUAAACUCAACGGAUAACUAUUGUUAAACACUGGAAAGUCAGGCAGGCACGUCUGUGGCCGCAUUACCUUAACCCUCAUUAUAUUAGCCAUUAAUUUAUAACCACUAACAUGGACAUGACUAAAUAACUUGCUGUUGUCGGCCAGCCAGUGGUUACUGAACAUGGCGUGCAAUUAGCGAUGCAUAAAACUCCACUCAGUGGUGGGGAUGUGGGGAAAACUGAUGCUCACUAACUCUCCAGCUGGUAGCUUCUGCAACUGGAUGUUCCAUUAGCUGAAACCAGUCUCUAAAGGCCAAAUUUCUUUAAAUCGGACAUGACUCUUAACACCAUACACAGUCCUGUUGGGCACCUUAAGUGACUUGUAAAUUUUUUUUUUAAGGUCACAGAAUUGUCAAAAAAAAAUGCUUUCAAUUGCUUUGAAGCAAAAUGAAUUUGCCUGCAAGAAAAAAAAGUGAAUUUCAUUCAUUCCCCUCCUGAAUGGAGCCCUGGUUGCAUCAUCCGACAUUCCUGCAUGUGAGUUUGUGUUGCGUUAAGUGU